AUGGUUGCCACUAUUCGUCAGUACAAAGCUGCCUGUGUUCAAGCCGAGCCUGGCUGGUUUGACCUGGAGAAGUGCGUCCAGAAAACCGUCAAGCUCAUCACUGAAGCUGGCGAGAAGGGAUGUAAACUCAUUGCUUUCCCUGAGUUGUGGAUUCCCGGAUACACCUACUGGGGAUGGCGUGUCAACUACCAGGACUCUCUGCCCCUUCUCAAGGAAUACCACAAGAACAGUCUGAAGCCUGACUCUGACGAGAUGCGCCGCAUUCGAUCUGCUGCCCGCAAGGCUCAGAUCUAUGUCUCUUUGGGCUACUCUGAGAUUGAGGGCAACAGCCUUUACAUUGCUCAGAUUAUCAUCGACCCCAGUGGUGAUGUUAUCAACCACCGCCGCAAGAUCAAGCCCACCCACGUCGAGAAGCUUGUGUUUGGUGAGGGAACCGGUGACUCUUUGGUUAGCGUUGUCGAGACUGAGAUUGGCAAUCUUGGCCACCUCAACUGCUGGGAAAACAUGAACCCCUUCCUCAAGGCAAAUGCUUGCGCUCAAUAUGAGCAAGUUCACGUGGCCGCUUGGCCCGUCUACCCCCCAGCUUCUUCUCUUCAGUACCCCGACCCCUACACAAACAUUUCAGAGGUCCAAUCCGAGCUGGUGACUCCCGCCUACGCCUACGAGACUGGCACUUGGACGCUUGCUCCUAGCCAGGUCGUCACUCGCGAGGGUGCCCGCAUGAACCUGCCCCCUCGUCUGCGAAAUGACGAGGCUGCUGUUGAUGGUGAGGCUGCUGUCAUCGCAAAUGGCUUCGCCCGCAUCUACCGCCCUGAUGGCUUCCGCGCCGUGCAGGAUCCCCCCAAGGACUUUGAGGGAAUCUUCAUUGUCGAUAUCGAUCUGGACGAGAACCUUUUGACCAAGCGCCUGGCUGACUUUGGUGGACAUUACAUGCGACCUGACCUGAUCCGCCUUCUGGUCGACAAGACGCCCAAGACGUUCCUUGUGGACACGGACAAUGUCGACCCCAAGAACUUCCAGAGCUCUCUGCAGCGCGUUGGAUUGGACAAGCCCCUGCCUCCGCCAGAGGAGCAGAAGAAUGAGUAA